AGAGAAAGAAAGAUCAAGAACUCUAAAACGGAUGGGUUCAACAAAAGAUGGUGCUAGUUUCACUAAUAUCUCUGUAGAGGAGCACUUUAGCGUCUCUCAAUCUACUUCUUGUGGACAGUAUGCAGGCCCAACAGAACAAAUAUCCACAGCGGCUGAAGCACUUGUCGGGAGGUCGACGACAUUGACAGAAGCUCUCAAAGCCGCGGCGAUAAAUGUCGGUCGCAAACCAGUAGAAACCACGGACGUGGCUGCCAUAAAAGAGGUGGAAGCUAGGGCUAUCGGAGGAGACGACAUAGAAAGCCAUGGUGGUGUAACUGCUGUAGCAAUUAAGGCUGUUGCUCGUAACCAAAAAAUAGGAAAAGAAAAUGAGAAGACAAAUCUCCGCGACGUUAUUGCGGAGAUUGAUGUGAGAGUAACGAGAGAUAGAGAAGUGACAAGUGAAGACGCAGAAGCAGUGGUUCAGGCUGAGCUCAAUCAUUCUCCUUUCAAUAAUAUUAUUCCUGGAGGCCCAACAGAAGAAAUUUCCACGGCGGCGGAAGCACUUAUCGGGAGAUCGACAACAUUAACGGACGCUCUCAAAGCAGCAGCCAUGAAUGUCGGCCACAAACCAGUGGAAACCACCGACGUAGCUGCCAUAAAAGAGGUGGAAACAAGGGCUGUCGGAGACGACAUAGAAGGUACUGGCGGUGGUGUAACCGCCGUGGCAAGUAAGGCGGUUGCUCGUAACAAAACAAUAGGAAAAGAAAGUGAGAAGACAAAUCUCCGCGACGUUAUCGCGGAGAUUGAUGUGAAAGUAACGAGAGACAGAGAAGUGACAAGUGAAGACGCAGAAGCAGUGGUUCAGGCUGAGCUUAAUCAUUCUCCUUUCAAGAAUAUUAUUCCUGGAGGUGUUGCUGAAUCCGUCGCUGCAGCUUAUAAACUUAAUCACGAUCCAUCUCUUUGAUAUCAUUUGCUAUUUAUUUAAAAACAUAUCUAUAACGGUCUUGGUUUUUGUUUUUUUUUGUUAAAAACGGUCUUGGUUUUUGUUGCAUAAAUAAUCACUAAAGAAGCUU